AGGUGGCGCUGGGGCCUCGGGGCGGGCACCUCAACUGUCCCUCCCUCCUUCCCUCUUUCCCCUCCCCCAGCCCGACCGCCCGCGCGGCCGGGCCUCGCAGGCCGCCUCCGCGGGGAGAGCACGGGACCCGGUGGGGGAGGGGGUGGCGGAGUGCUAAGUCCCAGACCCUCCCCAUCCCUUGCGUCCUGAGUUUGCCUCCCGCGGCCAGAUGAUGGAACCUAGUGGGAAGAGGCGAACGACAGCCCCCCAUGAGCGAGCCCUGGCGCCCCCCCCACCUCCGGAGACCAGCGGACGCCCCAUGCCCCACCCCGCGGGGACAGGCAGGGCAACAGAGGGAGAGGUUGAAGAUUGGAGGGGCCUAGCCUUUUGCUUCUUCAUGGGGGUGGGGGGAGGGGUGUUCCCCACUUGUCACCCCUUUUCCCAGCAGAACCAUAUGGAAGAAGAGCAGGCAGGUCUCCACCUACCUGUUCAUGCACCUCCCUGCCUUCCUCAUGUUUUCCUUCAGUCUCCCCAAGAGGUGUGGGGCCGGGACCUGGGGGGAAGGUCCCCAAGGGAUUUGUGACUCUCCUCCCUGUUGGCCUGACCUGAUCCUACCUUGUCUAGGUUCAGCACAACCUCAGCAUCCCUGAAACAGGAGUGUCAGGGGUUACUGCCAUCCAAUAGGAGAUGGGGUGGGGGUCUGAUCUUUAUUUUUGGGGGCUGCUGGUGGAGGGAAAGCCUGAACUGAGAGUUAGGCCUGGUGGGGUUGCUGAGAGGGCCUAACGGCCUGCUGCUCUCUGAAGGGCUGAGCCCCGUGCCAGUUGUUAAACUGAGAAGUUUUAACUUGUUUAGUGACUGUUCAGGGCUGUCUCUACCCUUCAGAUACACAAAAUGGAAGGGGAAGGAAGGCGGCAAGAGAGGGCUUCUUACACUUUUUUCAAUGCCUGCUUGAGAAAGAGGAGGCCCCUCGCGGAGCUGGUUUGCCUUCUUUUGUGUCCUGGUUUGAUUCCUUAUGGCUUCCGUUCUGUUCCCCCUCUCAGCCUGGCCUGUUUUAGGAAACUCAGGCUGAGAGUAUCAGUUGCGUGGUGGUAGUUGCAUUGUUCCAAUUACCGCUGUGUGUGGCCACAUCCCAACAAUUAAAAUGCAGAAAAACACAAAUUCACUCUCUUGACUUGAUCCUAGAGAUGGCUGGGAGUUUACUGUUUGUCCAAAUGCCUCAUGAAAAGCUAGAGAGUUUGCUUCACUCCCUGCUCCUCAUAGCUGGUUAGCCUGAGGCCUGGGGUCUGGGGGGUAAAAUCCUGCACUUAGGUUCCCACUCUGGUUGAUCUUUGAGGGCAGCAGAGUUAAGAAACCAGGAGCAGAAGUAAUAUAAGCUUUAGCUUCUCCCGUAAGAAUAUAGGGGAAGCAGCUGAAGAGAGCUCCCCGGAAGCUAGAAUUUUGUUCAGGGUGGUAAUAAUUAUGCAUGAAAAUGAUAGUUAACUAUAACGAUGAUUGACUUCUCUUGCACUUUUCUUCUAAAGAACUCCAAAUACAUACAGGUUUAUCUCUCUGCUCUUCCUUGUGGCCUCCUUCUGAAGUGUGAAUGGGGUGGAGAUAAUUUCCUCUUCUUUGUAGAGUGAUCUGCCCCCAAGGUCACAGAAGGAGCAGCCCUCUUGGGCUUUUCUUAGUGUACAGGUGAGGGAGGAUGGUAUUCAGCCAGAGAGAUAGACCCUAUUGCCUUCUUCAUCUUACUGAUUUCAUUACUUCUGACAUUCUGAGGGCUUGAAGAUUCACAAACGGGAACAAGAAAUGGUAGUCUAUGUGGACUCCUGAUUUUUAUAGGCCAGAUGGUACAUUUUGUACAUAUUAAUAUGUUCUAUUGUUCCUGUGACAGGUUAAGAUUAUUCUGCCCACUUUACAUAUGAGUAAACUGAGGCCAGGGAGUAUUAAAUGAUUUGUCAAAACUCUUUGCAAAUUGGAUUAAUAAUUAGAUUUCUUGAUGAUUUGUUCUCUUGACUAGCUAAUGCUACACACAUUCUCUGGUAAGCUGUCAGCUUGCUGGUCAUUUCCGGGAAUGGACAGAAUAAAAUCAAGAUACUGGCUUAACCUCCCCUUUUCCCUUGAGCAAGGCCCCUCAGACUCAGCAGGCAUGACUGGAGAGGGAAGUCCCAAUGGUGCUAGAAUGGUGCUGCAGUGGCAGAAGACGGCUUACGAGUGAGGUCUGGAAGAACAACAGGGAAGACAUCCAUCAUUUGCUCCAAAGUGUGCAAGUCAAAUCCUGGGGAGAAUCAUGAUAACCCUGAUCACUGAGCAGCUACAGAAGCAGACUCUGGAUGAGCUGAAAUGCACACGCUUCAGCAUCAGUCUGCCUUUGCCUGAUCAUGCAGACAUCUCCAACUGUGGAAACCCUUUCCAGCUUGUGUCUGAAGGUGCUUCCUGGAGGGGCCUGCCCCACUGUUCCUGUGCUGAGUUCCAGGACAGCCUCAACUUCAGCUACCAUCCCUCAGGCCUGAGCCUGCACCUCAGACCACCCAGUCGGGGAAGCUCCCCCAAGGAGCAGCCCCUCUCCCAAGUCCUAAGACCUGAGCCCCCAGACCCAGAGAAGCUUCCUGUGCCCCCUGCCCCUCCAUCCAAGAGGCACUGCCGCUCACUCUCAGUGCCCGUGGACCUGUCUCGCUGGCAGCCAGUGUGGCGGCCCGCCCCCUCCAAGCUGUGGACUCCCAUCAAGCACCGGGGCAGUGGUGGAGGGGGUGGGCCGCAGGUGCCUCACCAGAGCCCCCCGAAGCGGGUCUCCAGCCUCAGGUUCCUCCAAGCUCCCAGUGCCUCUUCUCAAUGUGCCCCAGCCCACAGACCCUACAGCCCUCCUUUCUUCAGCCUGGCCCUGGCCCAAGAUUCCUCUCGACCCUGUGCUGCCUCCCCUCAAAGUGGCUCCUGGGAGAGUGAUGCUGAGUCCUUGUCACCUUGCCCACCUCAGCGCCGCUUCUCCUUGUCACCCAGCCUGGGCCCGCAGGCAAGCCGCUUCUUGCCCUCUGCCCGGAGCUCUCCUGCAUCCUCCCCAGAGCUGCCCUGGCGACCUCGAGGUCUCCGCAACCUUCCCCGAAGCCGCUCACAGCCUUGUGAUCUGGAUGCCCGCAAAACUGGGGUCAAGCGGCGCCACGAGGAGGACCCCCGGCGUCUGCGGCCUUCCUUGGACUUUGACAAGAUGAAUCAGAAACCAUACUCAGGAGGUCUCUGUCUCCAAGAAACAGCCCGGGAAGGCAGCAGCAUCUCUCCACCGUGGUUCAUGGCCUGUAGCCCCCCACCCCUCUCUGCUUCCUGCAGCCCCACUGGGGGUUCCUCCCAGGUGCUGAGUGAAAGCGAAGAGGAGGAGGAGGGGGCUGUGCGGUGGGGUCGGCAGGCGCUGAGCAAGCGGACACUGUGCCAGCAGGACUUUGGGGACCUGGACUUGAAUUUGAUUGAGGAGAACUAAAACUGAGAGGCUACUUCCUGGGGCCACACAGACUGACUCUCUCAUGGCUACUAACAAGUGUCGAGGCCCCAAGACUGGGGGCCAAGCCUGGGAAUGGGGGUGAGUGGAGGGCUCCGACUCAGGGCAGCCGGAAAUCUUCUCGCUCCAGCAAGCUCGACCAUGCCGAGAGACUGGCCGGGACAAGAUAAACGGAGCUGGUGGCGGGAGGGACAGCCCCAGAGCAGACCCUUCCCAUGGCGGCCCUGAGUGUGAGUAUCCCUGCCACGAAGAGAGCAAUGGGCAGGGAAGGAACGGGUCUGCUGACCCCAGCUCGGGGAAUUUACUAGCCCCUUUGCUUCAAAGGGCACUUGUGUCUUAGAAUUUGGCCAGGGUGGGGGGUUGAGUCAGCCUCCUCAGAGAAACUGCGUGAGAGUGUGUGCGUGCAUGGGAGUGUACUUGUGGAACGGUGUGUUUGCGUAGCCUUAGGGAAGGAAGGCAAUUGCUCCUUAACAGCAGAGUAUCAUGAUACCCCGGGAUCUUGAGUAUUUUACAGGAUGUUGGGGUUGCUCAAGGAGUCAAGAGGAGGGCGCGAAGUUUUCCUUUUUUCUAAAUAGCUCUGGAACCAGGCUUGUAAUCCAUAGCAUCACCGACUCUGCAAAGGAUUUCAUUUUGGGGCACAGCAGGGUGUUUUAAGUGCUGUGACUUCAGCUAAUGAUCUUUUCCUCAGCCCCACCCCGUCCCCACUAGCUCGAUCUAGUAUAUUGGGGAAUGCAGGUGGGAGGUGUCACCAUAUUUUUUCUGAGCUGGCCUUUUUUUCUCAUUAGAUUGUCUAGGCUAUAUACCACCUGCCUCUUUUGCCCUCUUGAAUAGAGUUGCACACAGCACACGGGCAACUGAGGCAGGGUUGAGGGACUCUCUCUCUGUCUCUCUCUGCCUCUGCUGAUAGGACCCUUUUCCCUCACCCUCUGCCCUUCUAGGUCAUAGACUAGGUAGGAAGGCCCUAUAUUGGUCUGCAGCAUCUACUGAGGCAGACCUGCAACAGAAGUGGCAUUCAGUCCCCAGCAGACAUGAGUGAGCUCACCCCAGCACUGCUGUUGGGAAGGUGACUGCAGGAAACCAAUUCUUAUAAGAUCCAGGCCCAGCCUUUUUGACCUGCUUGAGAAGGAGGAAGGGGUGGUUGGCAUUUAAUAGUUUGCUUGUCUUCCACUCAUGCCAGGAAGUGUUUAUUUGCCUUUAAUUGGCCCUGAGAGACCAUAGGGAGGUUGGGGCUCACUGAGGGAUUGGCUGAGGAUGUAUAAAGCAAAGGCUGUGAGAAGCAGUUGGGAGUUUGGUUGUCAUUGGAUUGAAUUUACUUUUUUGUUUCUCACCCGCAACUUGAGCCAGGACAGCUGGUCCCAGUGGCCACAGUGAUGGGUUUAAGGACCUUGGUAGGGCUGGCACCAGUGGAAACACAUACUGAAGCUGACCCCACAGUAGCUUGUGAGGUUUUGUCCAGCUUUGGUUAGAUCCUAUAUGACCAAAUUGGACCUGCCCUUCUUCUUUAUGGCAAGAAGGGCAUUUUUCUCUUCAAUUUCCAGGGUUUCCUAGGACCCAGUUCCUCUUGUAAGGGAAGAAGACCAAGGUCUUUGUGUUUUCUUCCUCAUGGAAUUGAACCUGACAUUUUCUGGAUCUCCUGCAUGUCAGGAGCAUCAGUGAGGCUUCAGCCUCCUCGUCUCCACUCCAGAGGGGAGGUGGCCAUGUAUUCUUAAGCCUCUGGCCCUCAGAAGCUCCUCUCUAUCUCCUGGCUAGUUACCACUGGGCUACCAGGUCUCUAGGGGCUUGAGAGAGGCCCUCUGGAGAAUCCAGGGAAACCGUGAGCCCAGGAGUUGUCCAUCUAUGGUUUCAUUCCUCCCCUGGCUCUUCUCCCUCUUCAGGCCAUAAUUUUCCUGGUGCCAACUUCUUUUCCUCCUGGGGUAUCCUCAUCCCUGGGCUCUCUGCUGCAGAUUGGCUGUGCCAGCUUCCCACAGGUCACUGGCAAUACCAGUGAGUUUCUGCAGGCCCUAAGCUGAAGAAGUGAGGCAGUGAUUCUGCCUCCAUCCUGGUUUCCCCAAAGCCCCAGGGCACCAUCCUUAGGGGAGAAGGUCUACAGUUAUCAUUAUUUUAAUUCCCUUACUUUCAGUCUGGAAAACUAAGCUAGUCAGAACUAUCAUCUUGCUUCCCAAUCUAAGAACCUGUGGCUCUGGAACACUUUUCAAGAAGUGGUUCAUUUUGCUUUACACAGUAGAUCUGUGUCAACAGUUCUGUGUAAACCAAAUGCUGUUUUUCAAUGCAUUUGGACUGCUGACCAUUUAAAAGCAGCCUAUGAUUGCUUCUUUUUGUAAAGCAAGCAACCUCCCUCCACUUUAACUGUUUUGACUAUUUGAAUUUUCACAUAUUGGGCUUACCCAGAGUGGAGCACACCUCCAGGGCAUGUGGCUGACACUGGGUAGAUGUCUGCAUCUGUGCUGUGUGUGUGGUGUGGUUGGCCAGUAGGUGAGUAUCCCUGUGUGUGUGAGUGAAGCCACUCCCCAGGCUGGUGCUCUCUUCCUGUGCCCAGUGACUGCCCAGUGGCAGCCCAGCUGCCCUUCACUCCCACCUGCUGCCAAAGUCCCUGUGCUAAUGGGAUUACAAAUACAAAAAGUGGAAAAAAAAAUUUUCGUAAACUUCGUUUUAUAUUAAAAAAAAAAUCCAUAAGUCUGUGUGUGUUAAACAUGAGGUUCUGCCUCUGUGGCUGUGUUUGAAAAAAUAAAGUUUUAUUAGAAUAAUCCAUUUUCCCAAGCAA